UCUUGUGCAACAUUAGUUUUUUUUCCUUUCUCGGAGGCCAUUGCCAUUGGUUUGCGAAGCGGAUACAUUGGUUUGGUUCAGCUGGCAGAUGUUUCAUCAAGUUGCUUGUGGAGCUGGAAGAAGAGUAGUGUCUUUUUUCGGCAGUGCCACGUUCAAAUCAAGCCGCGUGCCGUUUUUGAGGACACUGACAAUGGCUGCUGAGAAACGAUUUGAAAUGGGCGAGGAGGUGGCAGCGUUGCGAAAGAAUUACGAAAGUGCACCGUUCACAGAAGACCAGCUGGUGUCUGAUCGCGAUCCUAUAGCACAGUUUGACAACUGGUUUAGCCUGGCAAAGGAAACUGGAACUACGUAUGAGGAGCAGGUAAACGCUAUGACAUUGGCAACAUGCACCCCGGACGGACGACCAUCGGCUCGUGUUGUCCUGCUGAAGGGAUACGGUCAGGACGGUUUCCGUUUCUUCUCUCACUACGACUCUCGCAAGGGCGGCGAGCUGUCGGCGAACCCGUUUGCUGCCCUCGUCUUCUACUGGCCGGCGCUGAACAGAUCCGUGCGCAUUGAGGGACGAGUGGAGAGACUACCCGCGGACGUGUCGGAAAAGUACUUCCACUCGCGGCCGCACGGCAGCCAGAUUGGCGCGGCAUGCAGCAAACAGAGCACUGUGAUUGAGUCGCGCGACCAGAUUGCGCAAGCGUACAGCGACCUGGCGACCCGGUUUCCGGAGGGGACGGACGUCCCGCGACCCGAUCACUGGGGUGGGUUCCUGGUUCGUCCGGAUGCCAUUGAGUUCUGGCAGGGCCAGUCCAGCCGACUGCACGACAGGAUAAAAUUCAAACGUAGUGAUGACACUGAGGGUGCCUGGGCUGUUCAGAGAUUGUCUCCAUGAUGGAUUCGCGUAUGUGUACGUGAGCAUAGAGAUUGUCUCCGGAGCCGUGAUGCUUCAGCGUGCCUGUGUAUGGGAGCAUAGAGAUUGUCUCCAUUAUGGUUCAGCGUGUCUGUGUAUGAGAGCAUAGAGAUUGUCUCCAUUAUGGUUCAGCGUGUGUGUGUUUGGGAGCAUAGAGAUUGUCUCCAUUAUGGUUCAGGGUGUGUGUGUGUGUAUGGGAGCAUAGAGAUUGUCUCCAUUAUGGUUCAGCGUGUGUAUACGCACGUCAACAUACUACAGUUUCUACCUGUCUGCCGCAGCAUGCCUGCGUGCCUGCUGCGAGAUGAGCCCCGCUGCUUUCCGCGGGUAUCCAUCACGAUAUCUUGCUGUGUAUCUACGGGAGUGGCGUACGUUUCAUGGCACACGGGUGUGUGUGUGUCUUGAGAACUGCUCAUUACAGCCAAUCAAUGUCCUGGGUGUAUUCGCUGCUCCUGGAACAGAGUAUUCCACUAGCCUUGGCCCUGUUCUGUGUGUUCCAUAUGAUUGAUGAUCUAACGUUGUUGCAUCAUGUGAUGCAAGUGCAUGGUGAUUGGUGGUGGUCUUGUUUUUCUCCUGCUCCGCUCUGAUGUGUACUUGGUUUCAGUGUUGUUGCGUUACAACUGUAUUUAUUUUAUCAAUACAACUACGUCAAGUCUGCGUUUGAUCUCUCUCUCUCUCUCUCUCUCUCUCUCUCUCUCUCUCUCUCUCUCUCUCUCUCUCUCUCUCUCUCUCUCUCUCUCUCUCUCUCUCUCUCUCUCUCUCUGUCUCUUUCUCUCUCUCUCUCUCUGUCUCUCUCUCUCUCUCUCUCUCUCUCUCUCUCUCUCUCUCUCUCUCUCUCUCUCUCUCUCUCUCUCUCUCUCUCUCUCUCUCGCACUAUUAUACUGCUGUGGCUUGCAGCAGUGCUUUGUGUCAUAUCGUGUUGAGAUGUUCCCUAUAACUCAGCAUAGUUAACUCCUGGUCACAAGCAUGCAUUUUUUUGCAGGCCCAUUUCUGCUCAUGGCUAUUAUUUAGUUCCUAGUUGCUUCAACUAAUUACUUAUUGCUGUUUUUUUUGUGUAUGGACUUGUGCUCUUUGCACUUCAAACCUGGAUCUGAGUGAUUGA